UGUGUUUUAACGGAACUUUACACUGCAACACCCGGGAACCCGACCUCGGAACCCAUGCCAUGGCCGUGGAGCUGGGCGACGGGACCGGUUUGGCCGUCGAAGUGAAGGCGAGUGGCGACCUCUUCCUGGAGACAGUCGGCACCUUGCUGGCGAUCCUCUUCCUCUCCGCGCCGCUGGCGCAGGUGGUGCCGCUGCACUCCACGCCCUCGCGCGUGGCGGUGGUGAACCCGGCGAAUCUGCUGGCGCUGCAUGCGAACUGCGCGUCGCAGACCAUCUACGGCCUCUUUCGCCCGGUGCCUGCGGCGGUUCCGGCGAACCUCUAUGGCCUGGCGGCCUCCAUCUACUACUUGGGCACCUGCUGGCAUAGCGUGUGGCGCCUGCAAAAGUCAGGCUCGGAGAUUCGUGGCUGGGAUCACCGAACAGCCGUCGCUUGCGUGGUGGCCGUCAGCCUUUCCGCGGCGAUGUACCUCUACGCGGCGCGUCCGUGGCAUCCGUCCGCCUCGGAGCACGUGGGGCACUUGGCGCUGCUCUUCAGCGUGUGUCUCUUCGCUUCACCGCUGAGUGUCCUGACCUCCGUGCUCGCCGAGCGGAGCAGCGAGCUGCUGCCGCCGGUGAAUUGCUUCCUGGGGCUACUUUGUAGCGGCUGCUGGUCGAUCAUCGGUCUGCGGGCUUGGAGCAAGCCGAUUUAUGUGCCCAACAUGCUGGGGGUGCUGCUCUCUUUGCUGCAGCUGGCGUUGAUUCUGAUCUUUCCCUCAAAGAAGGGGAAGAUCUCCGUGAAGGACUCCAAGGAGGAUUUGGCCUGACCGUUCUCGUGACAAAGCCGAAUGACGGGCGGUGAGGAAGACUCUUCGCUCCUUCGCAGCCGCUGAAAGGCAUCGGCAUGUGGCUGUGAAAGGACGAAAGUCUGUGCAGCUGAGCGGGGGGAGGGGCAGGUAGUGGGGCAGCCGCACCUCUGGCAGCCAGGGCUGUUGGAUGGUACAGA